AUGAUAUUGUUUAUCAUUUCAGAAUGUUUUGGGGCGAAGGAGCGCUCCCGGCAGCGUUCCGGGUCAACACGCAGCGUUCCUGUCGCAGCCAAUAUUAAGAGGGAGGUGAAUUUCGACUGUCCUGAAGAGUUUGGCUACUACCCUCACCCUACUGAUUGUACCCUGUACUAUGUUUGUGUAUUUGGCGGUGCACUUAUGGAGUCAUGUACGGGUGGUCUAAUGUACAGCCACGAGCUCCAAACAUGUGAUUGGCCGCGUAACGUUGGCUGUGAUGCUACCGGUACAUAUGUGGGAGAAGAAUUAGAUAGACUUAGCGAAAGAAAUCCACCGCCACCACCGCCACCUCCACCACCACGACGAACGACUCAGCCGCAUCCUUCAAGAGCACAUCCUAACCCUGUUAUUACAUCCAGGGGACAGCCUAAGUUUAACAGACAAGAAUACGAACAGCAACAGCAAUUAUUUGCUGAAGUGGAUGAGUUGCCUCCCGUAGAAGAGUUCGAAAACGAUAGGCAGCAACGCGUUUAUCGAGGGCAGCCGUCAACGAUUGGACAAGUUCAAAAAGACAGAGAUGGCUAUAGUGCUCAAUCUAUUACUUCUGGAAGGACACUUAAUUCUAAUAUUAUACCUGCAUCUAUACCGCAAACAAGUGGUAAAUUUAGUUCAUUUUCAUACGGAACACAAGUAGAUGAAAGAAGAACUGCGACAGUUACUCCAGCUCCUCAAACGUACAGAGCUGACAAUGAUAACGUGACUGACUUUUCUAAGGACAGAGACUUAGACAUUAUGAUAAACCAUAUCAACCCAUACGACACUAACGACAAAAAAAAUAUAAGAAGCAAAAGAGACGUAGACAUGACAGAAACUAACUUAACGAGUGCAGACAAAAAGUUUGAUAGAACUGACAGUCAUGAAAUAAAUGAUGAUGUUGCUUUUGGUACUGAAACAACAUUGGAUGGUGGUGAUGAUAAUGAGAAAGUUGAAACAGAUAGAGACAAAAGACAAGUCACAUAUUUGUUAAAAUCUGGAAAAAACUGGCAAAAUUCAAGGCCGGUAAAAUUUAUAGACUUACAACAGUUUCCACAAUACAAAACUAAUAUACAAAAUACUGCCAUCCAAAAUACUUUUAAAAAAGAUAAUUUUACUCCCGUAAGUCGUAAACCAUAUUCAUUAGAUAGUUAUCUUUUCUCGACCGCUAAUCCUUUUUUGUCUUAUCAAACUGAAGGUUCGCAAUCUCAAAGACCUUUUAGACCGAGCCUUCAUGAUCCAAUUCAUCAAAAAUAUACUCACAGUUCUUUGAAUACUGCGACUCAAAUUGUUACAAAAAGCCCCCCUAUUUCUUCAAUAAAUAACAAAGAAAAUCUAAUUUCAUCUUUAUCUGGAGGAUUUUAUAACAAUGCACCUAAAGACAACCAACAAUUAUCUGCAUAUACACAUUCAUCAUCCAACCAACCAAAAAUACAUCCAGUUAUUGAUUCUUCUCAUGUUUCUAGUAUGGUUGUUACCAAUAAACCAAUUCAAUUAUCAUCUUUUUCUCAAUCCGGGUACGAUCACCCCUUAAAUCAUAAACAAAUUAAACAAAAUCCAAAAUACACGAAAGAUGAACAAAUGAAUAUCAGAAAUAACCAAAAUUAUAGGCAAGAUCUUUCAUCUAAACAUGAAUAUUAUGAUGAUAGUUAUGAAUCCAACGAAAAUGAUGAAAUAGCUGAAGAAGAUAAUGAUCAAUAUUUUAAACACAAUUUUCCAGAUCCGCCGUAUGCCUUUACCCAUCCUAAUAACAAAUAUGCUCAUAUUGAUAAUCCUUUCGCUAAGCCAAAUUUCGAUUUUGAUGCAUUUUUAACCAAAUUACAAAAUGAUCACUACUCUACCUUAGAAAUAACGUCUCCUCAACCUAAAAAUAUUUACAGUAGUACUUACAAAACGCCGAUAGAAAUAACAUCUUCUUCCUAUAAAACCCCUGUUAGACAAUCGACUGUAUUAAACUAUAAAGGUGUUAGUACACCUCGUCCUUUUACUUUACCAAAUAUACCUACCACUACUGCAAGUUUCAUUCCAAAUAGUUUGUUUACAACAAACAAUCAAACACAGAAAUAUCAACAAUUUGUAAUUAAGCCGCCAUUUACAGAACACCAUCAAAAAGCAUCUCUUAGAGAAAACCACUUUAACAAAAAUAUCCCACUGAAUAAAGAAACCGGCAAUAUUUUACCAAAACUGAAACCACCAAACUUCACAGAUGAGCGUCAAUUGCCUAUAACGUACAGUUUUAGCAGGCCUGUUGAGAUGACAAGAAUUCCCAAUCUUAAAGUAUCAAAAUAUUCAAGCAACUUUCCUGUAACUCAAAAGCCAUAUAUUUUAGUAACAAGUACUGGAACACCUUUUAUUACUUCCACUACAGAUCAACAUUUAAAAAAUAUACAUUCCGUUUCUUCUAUUAAACCUUUCACCAUAUCUGCUGCUCAUCCUACCAGACCCGAUAUAUAUAAUAUACAUUUUGAGCAGUCUGUACCUAAGUCUUUAACGACUGUUGCUAACGAACAGCUUUCAACUUUACAAAACUAUUGGAAGAAUCUUACAAAUGAUAAACCGAUAAUCCCACAAUCUACUUUUAGACCAACUACAGAACCGAAUACUUCUCAAUUUGAUAAAUUGUUUACUCAAGCUACUAAGUUCUCAACACAAACACCGUACAAAACUAACAAUAUAUAUAGUAAUACUCCGAUAGGUUUAGGUUUAACUACAACUAACACACCCUUAAACCGAAAACCUAUUCCUAAGCCCUCGCCAGAAAUGAACGACUAUUAUUACGAUGAUGAAGAUGAUAACUAUUAUUAUGAGCCCGUAGUAAAACCAAAAUACAUGCCCAGUUCAGAAGUUAGGCCCCAACGUCCCCCAAUGGCACAAAACUACCGUGAAUAUGAGGAUAAUUACUCAAAUAUUGAUGAACAAUUAUUAAAAUUUAAGCAAACUAGCCCUAAUCUUAGAAGGCCAAUCAAACCAGUGACUAAAAAUCAAAAUGAUAUAUCAUAUCUUAUGACGAAAACGCCUUUUAAAGAAUCUAAUAAAAAUCUGGAGGAAAAAUUCAUACUUUCACCACCAUCCACCCAAAAUUUAAAUAUUACGAAGCACCCAGAGAUUGCUAAUUACAAAAUUAAUCAUAAUUUGGUUCAAAAUAGAACAAUAAAUAUAAGGAAACCGAUAUACAGUGAAAAUGGUCCACACACAGUCAGACCUCCAAAAUAUUUAAAUCAAACUACUCUAAGACCAUACACUGUAAGGCACAGAUUAGCUAAGCCAACUGAAGGAUCUAAAACUGUAGAAAAUAAGCAAAACAAGGGAAGGAUUAGGCAUCCAAAUAUUGUGGCACAGAUGCUUACCACCCCUCGUGAUAACUACAAUCAAGAAACUAGAUAUACAAAGUCUAAACAUGAUGGUAAAUCUAACAGCCUGGAACCAACUGAAAGUGUGACACCAUCCUCUUUUUCGCCUAGUCCACGACCGAAAAUGCUCUACAAUGGAUCACAGAACUACAGUCCUGAUCAAUUUGAUCCUUUUUAUGCCGUCUACGAUGAAGAUGGAGAGCUUUAUAAAGAUACAGAUUACGUCCAACAAUACAAUACUGCUUCACUGCGACCUGUGGUCCAACAGACGUACCGUGGGACACCGCCUCCUACUCGUAGACCAGUCGAGACUUACACACCCAAACCAGUAGUUUCAGACGACUAUGAUGAUGUUCUAAUUCAAGAACAGAUCAAUAACCCGAAUCAGUAUCAAACACCUGUUCGUCAUUCUACAAGGGGCGAAGGUAAUGAACUGGGCUACGAACAUAACCCGAACAACGUGCGAACAACUGUUUAUGAAGCUACUUCUUUUAGAACUAGUCCUUCUACAACUAGCACAACCACAACCACAACUACCACCACACAACGCUCUACAACUGCACUCUUCACAGAAGCUAUGACCCCGUCACGAUUUACUUCAAGAUUCUCUGCAGAUGAAAAUCCUGGUUCCUCAACCCAAAAUUCUUUUACUGAAUCCACUUCAGUUCCUUCCACCCUUCCGCCAGUCAUAAAUAUUUCAUCCCGAGCAAAACCCUUUAGAAUGACUGAUAACUCACACCGAUUAGUUGACUUUUUAGAUUCGACUGAAGCACUACCGACACAUCGACUUCCUACUUCUGUAACUAACGCAAAUAACAAUACCGAUAUGAAAAUCGUAGGCUCGAAUACAACUAAAAAUAAAUUAUCAGUAUCAACUGGUUUUACAAUAAGAAGAAACGCAAACAACACUAAAAACCCAUAUACUUUAACAGUUAUCACUCGACCUUAUGAUGGAUAUAAUACCUCAAAAAAAGUAAUUACAUUUGAAAAUAAUAAUUUUAAUGAACAGAACACACAAAGAUUGUACUACAAUACUAACGAAGAUAAUGCUAUGAAACUGAGUAAGACAAAAGUGACUGUAGAUAACUACAAUAACGAAAGUCCAUUAAUAAAUAGAAGAGGUGAAAUACCCUCUAUCCAACAAAAUAAAACCAAUGAGCAUCAUUUAAUAAAAACAAAAUAUAAAAAUGAAAGACAUGGACUAAGAAUAAAUACAACACCGGCAACUAGUGCAAGUACAAAGUACUACUUAAAAAAUAUUAUAAAGCGUCCAUUGCCAUUAUCUUCUACUGAAGAAAUCGGUGAUAUUACAGAAAAUGUAGUAAGAACCAGCCAUUUUUUAACAAAUAUGUCUGGUGAAGAUGCUUUAUUAAAUGAUAAGAAAAUUUAUGAGCCAAAUGGGAAAGAAGUAACUGAUAAUUUGCAAGAAACUAUACAAGUCCCAUUGACAUCUCUAAACAAUUCAUUUGAACAAAAAUCAUAUAUUGAUGAUUUCAUACAAGAUUACUCCAUGAGUUCAACCACUUUGCAUACUACUACAUUAAAGCAAUUUUAUGACCAAACAACUGAUGAAGACAAAUAUGCUUCACGCAAGCCAUCUUAUUAUAGUUACAGCGUAGACGAUGAAAUACCACCUGAUCAUACUACUAAAGUACUUAGAGGUAAAGUUAAAAAUGUAAUAAAAACCUUCUUUAAUAACUUAGUGUCACAUUCAAGAGCCACAGAAAAUAUUUAUGUUUCUACUCCUAAAAUUACAUCAACUACAUCCGAAACUAUUGUUAAUAUAGGGUAUCAGAAAAAAAAGUUAAAGUAUGUUGAUGACAAGCCCAUUCGAGGUAACGUCAAGUAUUUAGAAAUUAUAACAGAACCAAGUGUAAGUAGAUUUACAACCCAAAGUGUUGAUUCAAUCAGUUUCACAGAGUCUUUUGACAGUGUUCAAAAAGGAUUGCCUUUAGAAACUAUUUCUACUGAAUCCUUUAUUACUACUACGCCUAUUAUACAAAUUGACUUAGAAACGUCAGUUAAAGUAACAAAUAGCUCUGAAAGCAAACAAUAUCAAGAUAUAAAUAAAAACUCUCUAAAAUCUAAAUUCAGCAAUCUUUUAACCAGCUCUGUAUCAGUGCCAGUAGAAAAAUCACACAAAUAUCAAAACAUAAUUGAUGACGCACUGAUUAAUAAAAAUAGUGAUAACCUAAAUAUUUCCAACAUCGACGUCAUGAAUGAGUUUAUAAAACCAACGACAGCGUACGAAGAUGAGAUUGUAACAAUGACUGAGAUGGACCAACAUCAACCUAUACCAGCUAUAGCUGAUGUUGCUUCAACAACUAGUACCACAAAAUCGACUACGACCGUAAAGCUUGAACUGAAAACAACGACUAAAAGUUUAUCCUUUCCGACAAGAGCCUCACGUGUAAAUCCUGCUAUAAAAUUAGCCGCAGCAAACCUUGGAGGUGGGCGCAGGAGUUACCAAUCGUCGACCAAUUGCUCAUCAGACAACAGUCUGCAAGCGAAUCCAAAAUGCAACGAAAUCAAAUAUCAGAGGCCAAGUAGCACACGUGGUAGGGGCUCAGCGCAUUAUUCCCCAUUAAGCGGUUCGGAGGCGCCUCAGCAGCAACAGCAGUCUAAUAGAGGAACACCACCAACUCGCAGUCGUCCCACCCUCAAACCAUCGACAGCUAUUGUUUCCGAAAAUAUCAAGUUUGUGGAUAUAUACGCUAAUCCACCAAGACGACCAGCUCCGGUUUAUCCACAACCCACUCCGGACAAAACUGCGGCCAAAUGCAGAAAAGACGUCUGUUUGUUACCAGAUUGCUACUGUGGUGGCAAGGAUAUUCCCGGUGACUUACCGGUGGAGAGUGUGCCACAAAUCGUUCUACUGACGUUUGAUGAUUCUGUUAACGAUCUAAACAAAGUUCUGUACGCUGAUCUAUUUGAAAAAGGCCGUGUGAAUCCAAAUGGUUGUCCAAUUAGUGCCACAUUUUAUGUGUCACACGAAUGGACUGACUAUAGUCAAGUACAGAACCUUUACGCUUCGGGACAUGAGAUGGCUUCGCAUACAAUUUCCCACAGUUUCGGAGAGCAAUUUUCCCAAAAGAAAUGGAAUAGAGAAGUAGGUGGUCAAAGAGAAAUAUUGGCGGCUUAUGGUGGUGUAAAAUUGGAAGAUGUUCGAGGCAUGCGAGCUCCUUUCCUCUCUGUUGGUGGAAACAAAAUGUUCAAGAUGUUGUACGAUUCUAACUUUACUUAUGAUUCUUCACUGCCUGUUUAUGAAAAUAGACCACCAAGUUGGCCUUACACUUUGGAUUACAAAUUAUUCCAUGAUUGCAUGAUUCCACCUUGUCCAACAAAAUCUUAUCCAGGUGUUUGGGAGGUUCCUAUGGUUAUGUGGCAAGAUUUAAACGGUGGUAGAUGUUCUAUGGGUGACGCAUGUGCCAAUCCUCCUGAAGCUGAAGGUGUUUACAAAAUGCUUUUAAAGAAUUUUGACAGACAUUACACAACUAACAGAGCUCCAUUUGGGCUAUUUUAUCACGCAGCAUGGUUCACUCAGCCACAUCAUAAGGAAGGUUUUAUUAUGUUCUUGGAUUACAUAAAUAAAAUGAAGGACGUAUGGAUCGUUACCAAUUGGCAAGCUUUGCAGUGGGUGCGCGAUCCGACUCCUAUAUCAAGGCUCAACAACUUCCAGCCUUUCCAAUGCAAUUAUCAGGAUCGUCCCAAGAAAUGUAACAAUCCCAAGGUCUGCAAUCUUUGGCACAAAUCUGGCGUAAGAUAUAUGAGAACAUGUCAGCCCUGCCCCGAAAUAUAUCCCUGGACUGGGAAAACUGGAAUUAAAUCAUCACGUAUCGAUAAUGAAAUCGAAGAAUAA